UUCCCAGUGAGCCGAGCCGGAGGAAAGCAGAAGCUUCCUGUUUGCUUCUGCGCUGUCUGCGGCCUUGCACUGAGGGAGCGGGAGGGAGAGCGGGGGCGGCCUAGGCCCAGGCCUCAGGCCCGGAGCUGGCGGGGGAGCAGCCGCAGCCGAGGCAGAGCGGGAGAGGGGCGAUGGACCCGGCCGAGGCGGUGGUGCAGGAGAAGGCCCUCAAGUUCAUGCCAAGAAUACACAUGCCUAAAGAUGGAUUCCAGCUUACGUCUUCUGGAUACCAAGCAUGGCUAAAGCAGUGCUCUAUGCCCCGGUCUCUGUGGCUGGGCUGUUCCAGCCUGGCGGACAGCAUGCCCUCGCUGCGAUGCCUCUAUAACCCAGGGACUGGCUCACUCACAGCUUUCCAGAAUUCAUCUGACAGAGAAGAUUGUAACAAUGAUGAGCCCCCAAGAAAGAUCAUUCCUGAGAAGAAUGCACUCAGGCAGACCUAUAACAGCUGUGCCAGACUCUGCUUAAACCAGGAAGCAGUAUGUUUAGGAAGCACCGGUAUGAAGACUGAAAACUGUGUGGCCAAAACAAAACUUGCCAAUGGCACUUCAAGCAUGAUUGUGCCCAAGCAAAGGAAGCUGUCUGCAAGCUAUGAAAAGGAAAAGGAGCUCUGCAUCAAGUAUUUUGAGCAGUGGUCAGAGUCUGACCAAGUGGAGUUUGUGGAGCAGCUCAUCUCCCAAAUGUGUCAUUAUCAGCAUGGACAUAUCAACUCAUAUCUCAAGCCUAUGUUACAGAGGGACUUCAUCACAGCAUUGCCAGCUCGAGGCCUGGACCACAUUGCAGAGAAUAUCUUGUCAUACCUGGAUGCAAAAUCUUUGUGUGCUGUUGAGCUAGUAUGCAAGGAAUGGUAUCGGGUGACAUCUGAUGGCAUGCUGUGGAAGAAACUGAUUGAGAGGAUGGUCCGGACAGACUCCUUAUGGAAGGGUCUAUCAGAACGGAGAGGAUGGGGACAAUACCUUUUUAAAAACAAGCCUCCCGAUGGGAUGGCCCCACCCAAUUCCUUCUACAGAGCACUUUAUCCCAAAAUUAUACAAGAUAUAGAGACGAUAGAAUCAAACUGGCGAUGUGGAAGGCAUAGCUUACAACGAAUCCACUGUCGAAGUGAAACAAGCAAAGGAGUUUAUUGUUUACAAUAUGAUGAUCAGAAGAUAGUGAGUGGCCUCCGAGACAACACCAUCAAGAUCUGGGACAAGAAUACAUUAGAAUGCAAAAGGAUUCUUACUGGACACACAGGGUCAGUUCUUUGCCUUCAGUAUGAUGAGCGAGUGAUCAUCACUGGAUCAUCAGAUUCCACUGUCAGGGUGUGGGACGUAAAUACGGGUGAGAUGCUAAACACACUGAUUCAUCAUUGUGAAGCAGUACUGCACCUGCGCUUUAAUAAUGGCAUGAUGGUGACAUGCUCCAAAGAUCGUUCCAUUGCUGUAUGGGACAUGGCAUCCCCAACAGAUAUCACACUUCGGAGAGUUCUGGUCGGACACAGGGCAGCUGUCAAUGUGGUAGAUUUUGAUGACAAGUAUAUUGUGUCGGCAUCAGGCGACAGAACUAUAAAGGUAUGGAACACAAGUACUUGUGAAUUUGUGCGUACCCUAAAUGGCCACAAGAGAGGCAUAGCAUGUCUUCAGUACAGAGAAAGACUAGUAGUCAGUGGCUCAUCAGAUAAUACAAUCCGGUUAUGGGACAUUGAGUGCGGAGCUUGCUUGCGAGUCCUAGAAGGUCAUGAAGAGCUGGUGAGAUGCAUUCGCUUUGAUAGCAAGAGGAUAGUAAGCGGAGCCUACGAUGGGAAAAUUAAAGUGUGGGAUUUGGUGGCUGCUCUGGACCCUCGCGCCCCCGCUGGAACCCUGUGCCUGCGUACUCUUGUGGAGCACUCUGGCAGAGUUUUCCGGCUCCAGUUUGAUGAAUUUCAAAUUGUCAGCAGCUCGCAUGAUGACACCAUCCUUAUCUGGGACUUCCUCAAUGACCUGGCUACUCAAGGAGAUUCUAACCGCUCCCCUUCCAGAACAUAUACUUACAUCUCUAGAUAAAUAGCACUAAACUGUACCUCACACUUACACAGGACUCAUUUAAGCUGCGAUAUUUAAACUGUCUGCCAAUGCCAGGGAAAAAGAAUUACCCACAUCACAUAUUCCUGAACAGAAACCCUCAAGAUACACUUCUGGAACCAAGUUGGCAUGAGGUUGAUCCUGAACGAGGUCAUCUCAACUCAGCUGACUGCUCAAGUGCUGCUAUAUCAGAAGAUUUAUGUUUCCUGAAUGACUGAUGUGUUAGACUUCCCCUCUUCUAUCCCACCACAUCUUCUCUCGUGUUCCGACUACAGGCAUCUUAUAAAUAUAUUUAACAUGUUGCCAUGUUUCUUGCUUUGCUCUUAAGCAGAAAAAUCGUUGCCACCCUGCAUUCUUUCAGAAGAUGCGCCAUUUGAUGUAUUGGUAGAAGGGGAACAGCAGGUUGAUGCCUCCACCUUUUGAGACUUGUGUAAGCACCUCUACUUAGUUGUGGGAGGGCCUUGAACCUUAGAAAAUGGCCAGAUUUUUGGAAAAAAAGAGGCCAUGGUGGCCAGAAAUCAGUUAAAAGAUCAUGAUAAAAGUCUAAACAAUUUUAACUAAGCCUUUGCAAUUAUUCAUGUGUAUGAAAUGUUGGUCAGGAGUUGACAUCAAAUGAAUGGUUCGCUUUCUUCGGUCAAAGUCUAGUACUAUACUGAAAGAGAAGAUUAAUGGUUGUAGUGGGGCUACAUAAUGGUUCACUAUAUUGGGGCUCUUGGUAAGAACAAAGUAUCUUGUUCUCCUGUUUCCUUUGCUUCUGCCUUGGAGCCCCAUGAGACCUGCAUCCUUUAUUCCAGGGAACAGUAUGAUGUCAGUACUAGAAGUAUCUUCACGAACACCCAUCAGUACUGAAUGAAUUACCUGGUCAUUCAAAUAUUACUUGCUAACCUGAUUGUAUUGUUACUGGCAGGCUGGCUGUUGUGUAAUGCCAACAAAAUCAGUGAAGCACUGGAGGUUUACGAAGAUUCUCUUUACAAUCUGCAAGUUAUUAAGGCUAAUUAAUGCAGAAUGGGAGAACAGAGGAAAAGAAACAUGGGGAAUCUUGUCUAGUAGCAUAAAAGACCAAAAACAAACCUGUCCCAUGGUACUAAGUUAUCCCCACUUCCUUCAGAAGCAGUUCUGAUAAUUGCCAUCAUCUCAUGAGACUAUUAGAAGUAUUGUCUUCUGACAAUGAAAUGCUAACUCUUCUGUUAAGCAUUUGUUUGAGGAAGAAAUGAAACAAGAAUUUUGAAUUUAUGCUGCUAUCCAGGCAGGUUACCUCUGUAACCUGUGUAUUCUUUAUUUCCUUGGGAGUUGAAAUGGCCCAAUUUUGGCAUUUACCAAGCCAGGCUCAAUACGUUCAGUAAGUUGGUGGAACUAAGGAUAAUUGGACAGCUGGUCCUGUCUGUUAAUAUUGAUUUGCAUUGAGCACCUCUGCCCUAUCCAAGGGUAUUCAGUCUAUAUGUAAUCCAAACCCAUAUCUUCACCAAAGGCAUAGUCAGCAGUAACUGUUCAUUUUGGACAGGGAUUAUGUUGAUCUAUUCAUGCACACAUGCACCUGUCUUUCUGUAAUCAUAAACAUAAGCCCUUCAGCUAUCAGAAGAUUUUGCCCUGCAUAGUGCUUUGUAUAGAAAGGGGAGGGAAAUAGUUAUACCACAUACUUACUUUUUCUUAUAUUUGGAGACACACUUUUGUCCUUGACACUCCUUAAUCACCAUCCCCUUAGGUCCCUGGCCUAUAGGCUUUGCAAUGUCAACUCUGUACAAGACUGCAGAUCUGCUAUAGUUGGAGCAUCAACAGGUUAUUUUCAUUCUUUUUUUCUUGCAAGCAGAGCUGUGAGAUCAGUGCUUUCUCACCUGAAUGCUGGCACGUGUGUGUGUGUGUGUGUUUGUGUGUGUGUCUAUUUGGUAGUGGCUGCGUCAAGCACAAUUUAUUUUUGCAGGUGGGCUAUGUUACAAGGAGUUUGGGGAUCAAAGAGGAGAUUGCUGGUGCAACCCUUCCAUGGUUAUUAUGGUCCUGAUCUUUCUUGCUGCCGUUUCUGAACAUUUCUAAGCAAUGCUUUUGGUUUUUCCAAUCAAACACGGUACUGAACAAUUAACUAUAAUAUGUUUUGCUUUAAAAAAUUUCAAAGGAAGAAGUGGUGGGUUUUAAAAAAUAAAAUGAAGGUCCACUAUAGAAAAAGAUUACUGGAGGAAUGGAGAUCUGCUCUUUCAAUUUCUAGCCCACUCAAGUUUGAAGAAUUUUUUUAAAAAAAUGAAGUUUACAGUUUUCAGCCUAUACUAUUUCUAACAAUUUAGAAAGAGGCUGGUGUUCACUGAAAGGCUCAAAGCCUUGUAUCUGGUCAUUUCUAUGCAUCAAUCUUUCUUAGUCUGAUGGGAUCGUUAUUCCUGAAAGGAUUUGAACUGAAAACUAGAGGAGCUUUCUUUCUUUUUCCCCCUAAAUUACAUAGAAUUCUAGAGCUUGCUUUAGAAGGAAAUGUUGACUUGGAACUGCUGAUCACAAAUAGUUCUCCUGCCUUUCACUCUGAAGUAGUCUACUGGCAGGAAUUCACUUGUAACGCACACCUGACUCUUAACCAUAGGAGACCACCCUACUAUAUAAAAUGGGAAUCUCUAACAGUAAAACAGCUAAUUCUCAUGAACUCAGUGUGUGUGCACAACUGAAUAUGUUGCAUAGGAAUCCUAUACAGCAAUGGUUCUCAACCUGUGGGUCCCCAGAUGUUCUGGCCUUCAACUCCCAGAAAUCCUAACAGCUGAUAAACUGUCUGGGAUUUCUGGGACUUGUAGGCCAAAACACCUGGUUGAGAACCACUGCUACGCUUUUCAUGUACCUGCAAGCUGAAGAGUUGUUGACUGUUUUAAGGCUCUAUGCUUCCUUGUGAAAUGUAAAAAAUAAGAGAGGAUGGCAUUCUCUAUUUUUAAUCUGAAAGUGAAUAGUAGGUAUUUGACACCUCGCAAAAAUGAUAUGAGGCUCAAACAUAUCCUAGAGUUAACACUCAGGAGAAAUGACUUGUGUUUUUUCCACUGUUACUCCAUACUGGGAUGAGUGAACUCUUUGCAGGAGGAAAAUCUAGUGGUUUUCUGUAAUGAAGGCCUACCCAAGUUGCAUGACUCCUUCUUAGCACAUUCUCCUCUAUUUGGGGAGGAAAUAUUAGACAAACUUAGAAAUUAUACACAAUGUUUUCAUGGUCCCUUAUGCCUAUAUGAUGCAUAUUAAUUCCAAGCUGUGCCCCAGGUUCCCAUCAAGUAGUAAUUCUCUUGAACUAAGAGACCUUCCAAAUGAUAUUCCUUUGCUCGCUAUGUAGUGUUUCUGGGUGAUCACCCUUUUGAAUGAAAUCACUCCCACGUAUCCAGCGUGAACUAACUGUGGUAAUGGAAGCACAAUUUUGAAUUUAAGCCACCUUUCCCUAAGCAACCUCCACAAGUUUAAAUUCUGCAUGUUAAGAACUGCAUGUUUUGGGAGCAACGUCUUUGUAUUAUAAGACACACCUCUUGAUCUUGAUCUGUACCAUGGUUACUAAAUUAAUGCAUGGGUUGAGCCCAUCCUCUAGAACUUCCUAGUGAAAUUGCAGUUGGGCGACUACCCAUCUGCUUUUCAGAAUAGAAGCUGUCUCCAAGAUCCUGCUGUAUCCUUCCACAAAUGUAGUUACAUGUUGGAUAAGUGACUUAGGUCUGGACAAUGUCAUUGGGUUGAUGCUCAGUUGUAUUCAGAUCCUGUAAAGUAAUGAUCAUGCCAAGAUUUAUAAGUUAGUGAUGUUUCACUGAUGUGGAGUAUGUGAGAAAGGAGAUAUUAGACAUUUCCACAUCUACCCUAUCACUGGGUGACAAAAAUAAGUCUAACUCUGUUUAGAAGCUUUCAUCUGGGUCAUAUUCUCUGAUCUCAAAUCACCUUUCCUGGUGCAGUAUUUGCCUGGUCUCCUUUUGUGCGUAGAAAACUCAAAUGUCAGUGUUCACAAUAAAUUAUACAAAUCCAAAAAAGUGCCCAAAUCUGCUUAAGUAUUAAUUUGCAUGCUUUGUUCUGAACUCAGUAUUUGAGUUCUUGCGUAGUAUACAAAUGUUGGGCACAGAGAAGCAACCUGUCAGAGAGACUUGAUGGUUGUGCAGGGCUGACCGUAUGGGAAAGAGCAAAAUAAGGCUGUGAAGAUGGAUUGCAGAAACUGAUGCUCCGCUGUUUGACAGGGCAUUUCACAAUUAUUCUUGCAUGCUUUCUAAUACAUUUUCACUACAACGUAGGCUAGAAGGCUUCCAUUUUUAAAGUGGAAGCUGAGAUUCCCAAAGAGCUAAUAUGCAUACAUUCCAGUGCAGAAUUGGAAAACAUACCCUGCUUGCAUUACACUUAAGCUAGUGAUUCCCAAACUUUGGCUCUUCAAGUGUUUUGGACUUCAGCUCCCAAGAGCCUCAGCUGCCUUGGCCAGUGAUCAGAGAUUCUGGGAGAUGAAAUCCAAAAAAUCUGGAAGACCAGCAUUUGGACAAUACUGCUCCAACCAGAUGCUUUACUAGAAAAAUGCCGAGGGAAUUUUCUUUUCUGAAAUGCUUCUAAAUGCCCUGUUUUAUUUUCUAUCUAUAACUAAUCCAACUAGUUGCUUGUAUUGUUUGACACAGAGAUUUGAUCUCCAUCACUCUCUGGAAGUAAAAAAGGAGCUAUAAAUUUUCACAUAUCAAAUCAUAACUGGUUGAAGUGGGAAAGAGAAAAUAGCUGCUGGUCAUACAGUGGAAUGCUGCUCAGAAUAUAAAUGAACCUUUUGUGUCUUUAUUCUAAGAAAGGGAAUUGUCUGUUUUGCUUAUAUAUGUCAUAGUGGGAAGGGAUGCAACUUCACAAUCUGGCAAAAGAGAAUUGGUUAUGAUGACAAUGACUCUUACCUAAUAUCUUGUUCCCUUGAAAGUAUACACCCAAUAGACUAGCACAUGUCUAUUGCAACUGCAAGAGGCUUGUAGAAUUGUGGGCACAAGAGGUUGAAAAGAAAAGCAUAUGAUCGUAUUUGUAACUCUGCUCUCUUUGUUCUCUAGAUUCUAAAAGUAAUGAGUGCUUUGGAAUUUUUGUGAUUAUGUUCUGGUGCUGUGUCGCUAAUGUACUAAUGUUCACUUGAGCUAGGGUCAUGGUAACAAGUGUGGUUUUUUUUAAAAGAAAUAUUUUAACUGUUCAGAAGAUAACUUAAAUACAAAUAUAUGAAUCUCCAAA